AUGGGGAAAAUUGUGAAGAUUAUUCUCAUCCAUUCUGGUCUUUGGGGAUUCAACAGCAGACACAGGCAACAACAACUACGUCAAAACCAUUUUCCUUAUGGUAAGGAUUUCCCUGGUCAUGUGGCUACUGGUAGAUUUUCUAAUGGAAAGUUGGUUGGUGACUUCAUUGCCUCAAUGUUGAACCUCAAAGACACUGUUCCUCCUUUCCUUGACCCUAAGCUAUCAGAUGAAGAUCUUCGAACAGGUGUUAGCUUUGCAUCUGGGGGAUCAGGCUAUGAUGAUUUGACCAUUGCUUUAUCAGGUGCCAUACCAGUGUCCAAACAAAUUGAAUACUUCAAAGUUUAUAUAGGAAAGCUCAAGGGCAUUGCAGGAGAAAAUGAAGCUAAACAAAUACUUGGAGAUUCUCUGGUUUUUAUCAGUGCAGGAACUAAUGACUUUAUCCUCAAUUUUUAUGACUUUCCCACUAGAAAAAUGGAGUUCAACAUUGACGGACACCAAGAUUACGUGCAGAAUAGGCUUCAAACAUUCGUUAAGGAACUAUACGGCCUUGGAUGCAGAAAAUUUGCUGUCUCUGGGCUUCCUUGCAUUGGUUGCUUACCCAUUCAAAUAACAGCAAAGUUAAUAACGGAUAGGAAAUGUGCAGAGAAUGAGAAUUCAGAUGCAAAGCUCUACAAUAAAAAAUUGGGACGGCUAUUACUUCAAUUACAAGCAAUGCUUCCAGGAAGUAAAGUUGUUUAUACAGAUGUAUAUGACACAUUGUUCAAUCUUAUCAAUGAACCACAAAAAUAUGGUGAGUAUUAUGGAGCAUAUCAUGAUCAUAUCAAAAGAGAAAAGAAAAAGAAACAGGAAUCUGUCGAAGAAGGUGGCCACUAA